AUGGGUUUGAUCAAAGCCGGAAUGUAUAUUGGUGCUGCCACCUACAUUGUCAAAAAAAUCACCGAAGAAAAAGACAAAUCGAAAAACAAGAACAACGCUCCCCAAAACAACAACCAAUACCCACCCCCAGGAUCUUGGCCACAACAACAGCAAGACACUCGCGGCUACCCUCCCCAAUACCAACAAUACCCUCCUCCGCCCCAACAACAACAGCCCAAGUUCGGCUACUACGAUACCCACGGCCCAUACGAAGCUCAAUACCAAGGAGCUCCUCCUGCGCAAUUUGGUCGUGAAGAGCGGGGUACGAUGGAGGGUCGUCCUUAUCAAUAUCAGGAGGACUCUAAACGGGAGAGUUUCGCGAAGAUUGAGGACUCGCCGUCGCCGAGACAGUGGCCUGAGGCGCAACCGGCGAAGUCGAGCAAGUGGUGA